AAUGUCAGGUCCUUAACCCGAUGAGACUGUCUCUCUCCUUCAGGGGUUUCUUUUAGAAGUGAGAGUAAUGUUCAAAAAUUGUGGUGCUGAUUGCGCAUACCUGUGAAUACACUGAAAACCACUGAAUUGUAAUCAUUUAAGGGAUGCAGUGUAUGGUAUGUGUAUUUUACCUCAGUAAAACUAUUAAGAUAAAUAAAUGCACUGGAAGUUUUGAACCAAUGUGUUAAGAAUAUUAAAAGUUUGCAGGUAUCCGACAUUUCCAUAACUUUUGGCUGGUUUUUGUUAUACUGGUGAAAAUAGUAACUGGAUUGACCUAAAUAUAUCAUAGCCAUUUACAUUUCAAACUCUCUAGGCACACACUACAAAAUUAAAAUAAAUUUCCUUGUAGGAUAAAAUGUAUACUGAGUAUUACUGAACACAUCUUACAACUUACGGCUGGUAGAAGAGUCCCUGUUCCCAAGCGAGGGCUGCACGGCUCAAAUUUCUCAGCAGAGUCAAGUGCUUGGGAGGCCAGGAGAUUAACUUAAAUACCUCGUGUAUGGAAGGGGAAAAGCAGAUGUGUGGACAUCUCAACCCUGUCAACAAAGACUGAAAUGGAGCUAGACUCUUCAUUACACGUGGUGAGGUUAUUUUUCAGUGUGUUUGUAAACAAGGGUCACAGUACCACGAGUGGCUUCGGAGCCUAUGCCAACUAUCGUCCCAGUUGGCCAGACCCAGGCGACCCUCUAGCUUUGGACAAGUAUGUUGGUUCUUCUAGAAUUUGACUCUGGAAUUCCCUGCGCACACCACUGUACCCGCGUUCUGAAAAAUCUGAGGAAGACGGCCACAUCUUCUAGGGCCAGGAACAAGUGUGGUUUUAAAAGCAAACGUCGCUCUCUAAGAUACACAAUCACGUUUAAGGAAAGAAGCUGGUGGGAUCAAUCACGUGACCUCCAGACCUACUUCACUCAGGAAAAGGGGGCGGGUGCUUGCGAAUUGUCCAAUCACGGACGCAGCAGGGGUAGGUGGGUUGGGCGAUGCUCCACAAACCACGUGGACCCUCCUGGCCAGAUUUGGCGUCAAGUCGCAACGGACCUUAAGCGGCCCAGGUUUGUCAGCUGCAGCGUUAUUCCUGCCGUGAGCUGUUUGGGUCGUAGAAGUUUAAGGUGUGACGCCGGAGCAUCCCAGAAGCGGGGAAAUGCCUCUCACCUGCAGCUGGUCUUCACCUCUGAAGGGAUGUGACACACCUUUACCUGCACACGGUCUCUGCAGACAGGACUAAGCUUCGUCCACCUUGCUCCAGGAGCACAGGAACCAGUGGCCUUUGAGGAUGUGGCUGUGAACUUCACCCCAGAGGAGUGGGCUCUACUGGGUCCUUCACAGAAGAAACUCUACCGAGAUGUGAUGCGGGAGACUUUGAGGAACCUAGCCUCAGUGGGGAAAAAAUGGGAGGAUCAUAACACAGAAGAUCAGUAUAAAGUCCAGGGAAGAAAUCUGAGGAGUCAGACAUUAGAGAGUCUCUGUAAAAGUGAAGAAGGUAGUCAAUGUGGAGAAGACUUCAGCCUUACUAUAAAUCUUAAUCUGAACAAGGAUUCUACUGCAGUAAAACCAUGGGAGUGCAGUAUGUGUGAAAAAGUCUUCAUGAGUCGUUCAUCCCUUAAUAGGCAUGUGAGAUCUCACAUUGUGCCCAAACCAUCCAAGUAUCAGGAAUAUGGAAAGAAGCCUUAUAAAUGUAAGGUAUGUGGAAAAGCCUUCAGUUAUCUCCAACCUUUUCAAAAACAUGAAAGUAAUCAUGGUAUAGAGAAAUCCUAUAAAUGUAAGGAAUGUGGGAAAUCCUUUAGAUAUCGCCAGUCUGUUCGAAAACACGAACGGACUCACACUGGAGAGAAACCCUAUCAGUGUAAACAAUGUGGAAAAGCCUUUCGAUACCAUCAAACCUUUCAAACACAUGAAAGAACUCACACAGGCGAGAAACCCUAUGAAUGUAAGCAGUGUGGUAAAGCCCUCAGUUGUCCUAGUUCCUUUCGAAGUCAUGCAAGGACUCACACUGGAGAAAAACCCUAUGAAUGUAAAAAGUGUAGUAAAGCCUUUAGUUGUCCCAGUUCUCUUCGAAAACACGAAAGAACCCAUACUGGAGAGAAACCCUACGACUGUAAGGAAUGUGGGAAAGCAUUUAUUUCUCUUGGAAGCUUUCAAAGACAUAUGAUAACACAUACUGGAGUUGGACCUUACAAAUGUAAGGAUUGUGGGAAAGCAUUCAAUUGUCCCAGUUCAUAUAGAAUACAUGAAAGAUCUCACACUGGAGAAAAACCCUAUGAAUGUAAACAAUGUGGUAGAGCUUUCAGUUGUUCCAGUUCCUUUCGAACACAUGAAAGAACUCACACUGGAGAGAAGCCUUAUCAAUGUAAGGAAUGUGGAAAAGCCUUUCAUUGGCUCACCACUUUUCAAGUCCACGUGCGAACUCACACUGGAGAGAAACCCUAUAUAUGUAAGCUGUGUGGUAAAGCCCUCAGCUGUCCCACUUCCUUUCGAAGACAUGAAAGGACUCACACUGCAGAGAAACCCUAUGAAUGUAAGCAAUGUGGGAAAACCUUCAGUUCUCCUCUAGGUUUGCAAAUACAUGGAAGAACUCACACUGGAGAGAAGCCCUAUAAAUGUGAGGAAUGUGGCAAAGCAUUCGUUUCUCUCACAAGCUUUCGAAGACACAUGAUGACACACACUGGAGAUGGACCUUAUAAAUGUAAGGAAUGUGGGAAAGCAUUUAACUGUCCGAGUUCAUUUCGAAUACACGAAAGAACUCACACAGGAGAGAAACCCUAUGAAUGUAAAAUAUGUGGUAAAGCCUUCAGUUGUUCCAGUUAUGUUCAAGUACAUGAAAGAACUCAUACUGGAGAGAAACCGUAUGAAUGUAAGGAAUGUGGGAAGGCCUUCAUUUAUCGCACAACCUUUAGAGGCCACAUGAGAGUGCACACUGGUGAGAAACCGUAUAAAUGUAAAGACUGUGGAAAAGCCUUUAGUCGACCCAGUUCAUUCAGAAGCCAUGAAAGAAUUCACACUGGAGAGAAACUUCUUGAAUGUAAGCACUGUGGGAAAGCCUUCAAUUGGCCCACAUCCUUACAUAAACAUGUCAUGAGAAUGCACACUGGAUAGAUAAAUUGUAACUGAUAAAUACAGGAGAGUUUUCAAACUUACAUGAAAACUACUGGAGAGAAAUGCUAUAAAUGUAAAUAGUAUGGGAAAGCCUGAUCAGAUUAAUUCAUAUACAUGAAGGAAAUGUUUAAAAAGGUUAAUACAUUAUCUUUAUCAGUGGCUCAUCUCUAAUUAUAGAUUCUACUUGUUAAUUUUUGCAAAUGAACUUUGAGUUAAAAUAAUUCUGUAAGUACUCUUUAAGCAGUAGUACAUAAGCUUAGUAGGUAGUAUUUUUCUUUAAAUCAGCUUAUCAAAUUUUUGUCUUUACAUUUUGAAAUCAUUGGAUCUGUGGGUGAACUGGAAUAUAAUUGUAAUGCACCGAUAUUAUAGAAUAUGCCAAAAUAUAUAAUUUUUUAGUUGUUUUGUAAAUAAAGGGGUCAUGUGACAAUGACACUUUUGUACUUGUUGGGUUUUCCUGUUGACUUCAGGUGGUGGGUACUAGAUAUUUCUUACCCAUUGUAAAUAUACUUUUUUUUUUAAAAAAGGGCUGCACCUGUGGCAUGUGGAAGUUCCCCAGCUAGGGGUUCAGUCAGAGCUGCAGCUGCCAACCUAUACCAUGGCCAUAGCAACACCAGAUCUGAACUGCAUCUGUUGCCUAUGCUGCAGCUCACAGCAACUCAGGAUCUUUAACCCACUGAGCGAAGCCAGGGAUCAAACCUCUAUCCUCAUGGGUACCAGUCGGGUUCUUAACCCACUAAGCCACAAUGGGAAUUCCUAAAUAUUCCUCUUUCAUUAGAAAAACUUUCUUUUUCUUUUGUCAAAAGAGCCUUCUUCUAUUUUCCUUGCUAAUAAAUAGUUGGCAUAAAUUUUAAGUAUGCAAAGUUUAUCAUAGAAUAUAAUCACAUUUGACUUAGUAUUUACAUCUUUUCUUUUUACUCUUGUCAUUCCAUCUGAUUUGCACAAUAGACUUCACAUUAUCAAAAGAGACCCCUGUUAACAUCAAGCUUAAAGGAAACAACUUCACACUGUUUACAAGUUCAGUUAUCUUAGAUUUAAACUCAUAGCUACAGCAUCUUUGUACUGAAGCAACAUUUUUCAUCCCAACAGUGCAUUAAAAAAUCCUACAUUAUUCUGAUGUCAUCAUUUAAGGUAUCUUUUACCCAAAAUGCAAAAGUAGGUUACUUAUAUAUGAUGUAACUCAAAUCAACUAGUGGUAUUAACCAUCCCUCUAUUUAUAUUGUGCCUAUGCUGGAAAUACAACAGUGAACAUAACUGAUGUGGUUACUGCUCUUUCAGUGCUUCAAGUCUAUGGAAUUAAAUAUAAAUAUCACACUUCUAGCUACUUUUUAAAGUGUUAUUAACAUUCAAACUGCUUCAUUUUGUAGUAACAUUGUAUGUAAUAGACCAAUAAGUCUUUAUAUUUGCAAGAAGAAAAGGAAAGAGACCUAUGACAGGACAGUAAAAUGUAGAAUUGGAGAUGUUUUUCUGGGAUGUAUUAAUGUCAACAUGGGUAAUGUGACCUAUAUCUUCUAGAACCUGGGUUUUUUUUCAUGGUUCCAUAUUAGACUGCUCCACUAGCCUUACUUGUAUGAGAUUUGACAGGCAAAGUGAAGAAGGCCUUAGUAACCACAUAGAGUUUCACAUAUACCUGGUUCCAGCCCAUUUUCCUGAUUCCUUGCCCUGCCAUCUAAAGUAUCCUCAUUACCACCAACUACAUGACUUCCAUUUUCUCAGGCCCAUACACGUCCACAGAUUGCUCCAUAAGUUGCACAGCAAAGAUCUGUCACAGUUUGGAUUUUCUGGCAAGUCCUGUGGUUGAGAAUGUUUUCUGAGGCACUGACUUCCCCCUUCUCUAUA